CGCUCUCCUCGCCGCAUGCCAUGUUGCCCUUGACUCUUCGCCGCUGAUACUUGCGCCUUCAAAUCGCCAAGAUGCGCCUACUAUGCGCCCCGAGUCGCGCCAUUCGAGGUGUGCGGCCGCCAUUGGCCUUCGUCAGCACCGGCCGGAGACGCGCGCUGCAUACCAAACCGUAUGAUGCUGCGGUCAUCGGCGGAGGCAUCACCGGCCUCACGGCAGCGUACCGGCUAUCGAAAGACCCGUCCUGCUCCAAGGUCACACUUUAUGAGAAGGCUUCGCGGGUGGGAGGCUGGAUCUCGUCGGAGAAGAUCCCUGUCCCCGGUGGGGAAGUUGUCUUCGAGUAUGGCCCGCGGACCUUGAAGAGCUCAUCCAUGUUGUGCAUUCCCCUUAUUGACCUGCUAGUAGAACUAGAUCUAAUGGACGACGUCAAGUUCGUGUCCCGGAGUUCUCACGCAGCUCGCAAUCGUUACCUAUACUACCCCGAUCACCUCGUGCUCGCCCCAACGAUGGAUCCCAAACUGAGCACACUCGAAAACCUUUCUCACAUCCUCCCUACUUUACUACGCGAACCGGUCUUCAAGACUCUCAUAUGGAGCAUAAUCACGGAACCCUUCAAGGAUUUCCGACAAGGCGCGAAGACUUUGGAAGAUGAAUCGGUCAAAGACUUCAUAUCACGGCGAUUCUCUCCGGAGCUGGCGGAAAACCUGGUCUCUGCUCUCAUGGGUGGCAUCUAUGCCGGUAACAUAGACCACCUGAGCGCACAGGCGGUCUUGGGUUCUGUUCGCGACUUUGAAGAGAACCCGGAGGGAAUACUGUUGACCAUGCUGAAUCAGAUGCAGAACAAAAUAUUCCAUUCGCUCAUGGACAAUCUCCUGGCAAUUGAGUCCAUGGAACCUGAGAAGAGUUCGCCGUAUUGGCAGAGCCUAGGCUCGCUGUGGAGGGGCAAGAGCGUUUUGCUAUUCAAGGACGGCAUGCAGCGUCUCCCUGACACUUUAGCUGCUAAACUGAAGGAGUCCGACAAGGUAGAGAUUCUCCUGGAUACGGAAGUCAGUCAGGUUAAGCAAGGACCGGAACAGGACCUAGUCAUUACCUGCGGAGAGGAGCAUCGCACUCACAACCGCGUCAUCGCAACCCAUGCGCCUUCAGCACUUGCCCAGCAACUGAGGUCCAGCGUGGAUGGCAAUGUGCCUCACGACACAAUCGACAACCUUGAGCAAAACAACACUGCGACAACGAUGAUGGUGAUCAACUUGUACUACGAGCAACCCGAUCUGGUACCAAUGAGAGGAUUUGGAUAUCUCAUUCCUCGGUCGGUGCCCGCCCAGAAUAAUCCAGAACAGGCCCUGGGGGUGAUCUUCGGGUCUGAUAGCAGUGUCAAACAAGAUAACGCACCGGGCACCAAACUCACUGUCAUGAUGGGCGGUUACUGGUGGGACGGCCGGACAGAUUACCCGGAUCAUGAUACGGCCGUUGACAUGGCCCGUUCUUUGCUUGAAAGGCACUUGGGGAUCACAGACGCUCCCCUCCUGGCGCGCACCCGCUUGCAACAAAAUGCCAUCCCGCAGUACACCGUCGGCCACAUGUCCCGUUUGGAUGAACUAUCACAGUCUGUCCGGCGCGAUUUUAAUAAGCGGCUGACCCUUGCGGGAGCAUGGUACAGUGGUGUGGGUGUAGUGGACUGCAUCCGACAGGGUACUCUAGCUGCGUCCUAUGGUGUUGGCGCCCGGAAGCUCGGUCCUGGAGAGAACCGCGCCUGGAUGCGGUAUGACUGGGAAAAUUGGGAAUUGGAAGGUGGUUUGGUCAACGCACCCGUUCGGUGGAGUCCGCUGGAACGGCCCGAGUACGCGCGCUUGAUGUAGAACAUGACUACGAUUCAUUGCCCUAUCUAUACCAGGCGGAUUGAUGGAGGCCAAAGUGCUUGACUAUUCCAAUAGACCAUCGACAAUUGAUACUCCGUAAAUAGAAUAUUUGCAAGUAUAGACGAACAAUGAUUGCCCA